AUGAAAAAGUGUGUUACUAUAUUAAAGCAAAGUAUUGACCAAGUUGAAGUUCUUUUGCACACUGCAGUUGGCCAAAAACAUCUUAACGAACUAUUCAAUUUGUGUGAGGAUAUAUCAGAGAACGUUCAUAAUUCUUUGGAUAUGAACAACUUUUUCAUGCAAUUAAUUGGAGUGUUUGCUAAGGUGGUUCAAUACAAUGAAAAUUAUCGAGCGGGACCGAAAAGUACAGCACCAGAUUGGUUGUGUAGUAUUCUGCUAGAUGAAUCUAUUGGGCCUGAAAUCAACCGUUUAGCAAAUAUUUAUAAACGAGUUACGAAUACGACUACGAAUUGUUCAAGUUACAAAUAUGAUAAAGAAAUUUCGAUAAUCCAGAAUCGUACUUGGGAAAGCCGUGGAUAUUUUAGAGAAUUUGGUUAUUAUCAAACUCACGCUAAAUUCCCAUUAAGUUUCUUCGUUCAAAGAUGCCAAGAUAUUUUUAGAUCAUCCUACAAUGAUAUGUUUUUGGACCAUGCUGUAAACAGGACCAAUGUAUUUUAUGGUGGUUUAGACAUUGAAGUAUCUAACGUUGUAUUUGUUCAUGGUUCACUUGAUCCAUGGCGUCUUUUAGGAAUUACAAAAACCUUAAAUGAAAAGGCUCCUGUUAUUAUUAUUGAAGGUGCUGGUCACUGCGCGAAUAUGCAUGGUCCAUCUGAGUAUGAUACUCCACAAUUAACGGCAGCUAGAGUCCAAAUAGGAGAACUAAUAGAAUAUUUCGAGGAUGUAGAAGAUUCUUUACGAGCCAGUAACGAAAGGUGUUCUACUAUAUUAAAGCAAAGUAUUGACCAAGUUGAAGUUCAUUUGCACACUGCAGUUGGCCAAAAACGUCUUAACAAACUAUUCAAUUUGUGUGAGGAUAUAUCAGAGAACGUUAAUAAUUCUUUGGAUAUGAACAAUUUUUUCAUAAAAUUAAUUGAGGCGUUUGCUAUCGUGAUUCAGUACAAUGAAAAUUAUCUAAAAAUAACGAAAAGUCCAGCACCAGAUUUUUUGUGUCGCAUGCUGUUAGAUGAAUCAAUGGGGCCUGAAAUCAACCGUUUAGCAUUUAUUAAUCUAUUUUUUUUUGGUAAUAAAUGUUUAAGUUACAAAUAUGAUGAAGAAAUUUCGAAAUUCAAGAAUGGUAGUUGGGAUAACCCUGUAGCUUUGAUAGGUAAUAUAAGUAUUAUUUGUUAG